CGGGCAUAAUCGAAGCAAUGCUUUAACCUCAAUUAGGGAUACUUAGCCGGAAAGACAAGUGCCUUGCACGAAUACUUCACAGACCAUAGCCUCUACCUUCCAGAGCCAGAGUAUCUCGAGAUUGACAUUAUAAUCCGCUGGUUUCAGGUCACUUGUCAGACUCCAUACUGGCAUAACAACAUUCAAGGUCCAACACUGACACACACGGCCAUACGUUCACUGCGACACCAGGAGCGAAGGACCAAAACAGGACGCUGAAUACACUCGGGACACUUUGCUUCGACAAACCCAGUGACAAUCUCAAAAAUCGGUGACCAUGCCGUCAGACCUCGCCGUCGAGCUCACCGCGCCCAAUGGCCGCAAAUACACCCAACCAACCGGCCUCUUCAUCAACAAUGAAUGGACACCAUCCUCCGACGGCAAGACCAUCACAAGCAUAAAUCCAACCAACGAACAAGAAAUCGCAUCCGUCCACGCGGCAUCAACAGAGGACGUCGACCGCGCCGUCAAAGCAGCCCGCAAAGCCCUGAAACACACCUCUUGGAAGAACCUCCCCGCCACAGACCGAGGCCUUCUCCUAAAUCGCCUAGCCGACCUUGUCGAUCAGAACCGCGAAACCCUCGCCACAAUCGAGACCUGGGACAACGGUAAGCCCUACGCCGACGCCCUGAACGGCGAUCUCACCGAGGUGAUCGGCACGCUGCGCUACUAUGCAGGCUUCGCGGACAAGAAGUUCGGCCAAGUCAUUGAGACGACGCCCGACAAAUUCGCGUACACUGUGCGCGAACCAGUCGGUGUGUGCGGACAGAUCAUUCCAUGGAACUUCCCACUCGCCAUGGCCGCCUGGAAACUCGGUCCCGCCCUAGCAUGCGGCAACACCGUCGUCAUCAAAGCCGCCGAACAAACGCCCCUUUCUAUCCUGGUGUUUGCCAACUUAAUCGCCGAAGCCGGCUUCCCACCAGGCGUCGUCAACGUGAUCAACGGAUACGGCAACAUCGCCGGCGCAGCGCUCGCAAAACACAUGGACGUCGACAAGAUUGCAUUCACUGGCAGCACUGCGACCGCCAAACAAAUCAUGAAGAUGGCCAGCGUCAACCUGAAGAAUAUCACCCUCGAGACAGGCGGGAAGAGUCCACUCAUCGUGUUCGACGACGCCGAUCUGGACCAGGCCACCGAGUGGGCGCACAUAGGCAUCAUGUCGAACCAGGGACAAAUUUGCACCGCAACAUCCAGGAUCCUCGUGCAGGACGGGAUCUACGACAAAUUCCUCGUCGCCUUCCGCGCCCAAAUCAAGACUAUCUCAAAGAUAGGUGAUCCGUUCGACGAGAACACGUUCCAGGGCCCGCAGGUCACGAAAGCCCAGUACGACCGCAUCAUGUCGUACGUCGACAUCGGCAAGCAAGAAGGCGCGAAGCUGGAGUGUGGUGGUGAGCCCCUCACAACCAUGGGCGAUGGGAAGGGCUUUUUCAUCCAGCCUACUGUAUUCACUGGCGUGUCGGAGAACAUGCGUAUCUACCAGGAGGAAGUAUUCGGUCCGUUCGUCGUGAUUCAGCGGUUCGGCACCGAGGAGCAGGCGGUGGACUUGGCGAACAAUUCCACGUAUGGUUUGGGAAGCGCUGUCUUCACGCAGAACCUCGUCCGGGCGCAUCGUGUGGCGAAGAACAUCGAGGCUGGAAUGGUGUGGAUCAAUUCGAGUCAGGACAGUGACUGGCGUAUUCCAUUUGGUGGAGUCAAGCAGAGCGGUAUUGGAAGGGAGCUUGGUGAGGCGGGUCUGGAGGCGUACUCGAGCAUUAAGGCUAUCCAUGUCAACAUGAAGUCGAAGUUGUGAUUGCCUGCAAUUCUGUAGAAGCUCGUCCCCUGGCAAGGUUUUUGGUACAUUUGGAUGAGUGCCGGUUAUACACUGGCUAGGUUGACCUGAUGAUGAUGAGAAUGGCA